AUGGCAUUCUCAGGCCUCACCAAACUGAUGGCAUGGACAUGGACCACCCUAGUGCUAUCCACCCAAGCCUCCAUGAUCAUCGACUCCUUCCAGAACGCAGACCGCAACGAUCUCCAAGCCUGGCACGGCGUCACCCCAGGGCUCUCCAUCUCCUACGGGGCCGGCUACGUGCAGAUCUACCCCUCCACUCCAGACCAAGCCUACCACACCCAGCUCAGCCCAUCCCUCUGCUUCAAUCUCACCGAGCACAUCCUCCAAAGCCACCCAGCCUCUGACACCAAUCCCAACAGCAGCGACCACCAAGAAAGCGCCCUCCACAUCCACUUCAGCGGCGCCCCCGUCUUCAGCAUCUCCCUGUCCCAAAACAACGCCGGCUGCAGUUCCCCAACGCCCGAGACCUGGGACUCCGUCGACGCAGCGCGCUACGCACACAACGGGGAGAUCUACAUCCCUCUGUCUCACUUCGACAUCGACCAGACCCGCGUCGUGGGGAUCUCCAUCGGCGGCUUCCACAACGACACAGCUGAGCUGACCCCACACCACGAAAACACGACCGGAAUCAAGCACACCCGCGACGACGACGACGAGGAUCAGGACGAGGAAGACGACGUAGACAACGAAUACGAUGAGCCCCUCGAUACCUCUUCCAUCGCUCUGCACCACGUCGACAUCGUCUCCUCCAUCCCGGACUCCUUCCCCCGCAAACCAACCAAGCUCCCGUCCGGCACGCUGCACCAGUUUUGUACCUUGCCGGGGUCGUUUGCGUUUGGUAUUGACGACGGAAAGCCGGCACUGGCGCCUGCUAUGAUGCGCGUGCUGGAGGAGGAAGAUGCGCUCGUGACGUUCUUUGCCACGGGUAGUGGGCUGCGGGAUGAGAAGGCGAACUUCUCUGGUGUUUAUAGGGAGAUGUUGAGGAAGGGGCAUCAGGUGGCGAUGCACUCGGAGAGACAUCCUAGAAUGGAAGGCCUCUCGUCGAUAGAAGCUAUCGAUGACGAGAUCACACAGAACAUAGAAGCCAUGAAAACCCAUCUGGGGAUUGAAUGUAUCAAACUACUUCCGCCCCCCUACGGCACAGUAGGCGCCCGCACACGCCAACGCCUCGCAGCCCUCGUGUCCCCGGCGCCCCGGAUCAUAACCUGGAGUGUCGACAUCGAAGACUGGCGCUGGGUGAACUCUGACACACCGGAGCGCCAGCUGGAAGCAUUCAAGCGGGACGUGCUGGCAGGAGGGAAUCUAGCCGUGCUGCACUAUCUUGAUGAGAGUACGGUGGGAUACCUGAGAGAGGCGAUUCGGUUUGUGAGAGCGAGAGGGUUGACUGUUAUGCGGGUUGAUCGGUGCUUGGGGGAUUAG